UCACAAAAUCCAUACAUAUAUGAUGUGUUUGGAGGAUGUAGGGAUUGGUUGAUAUAUAUAAGAAUGCAAAUGAAGUUUUCAAGAGAUCAAGUGAUUUUUAUACAUGUUCGGGAUCCCUGAUUACUGGUAAUAGUCCUACUCCUGUUGGGCAGAGGCUAGUGUUACCAUUAUAUGUCAAUAUCACAUGUAGGAGGAUCGAUUCCCUUUUCUAAGACAAUUAAUGAUAGGUACCUUUGGGGAGAUAUACAAUAGUCGCUAAUAUCAGUCUCAUAACUUUGCUAGAAUAAAACGUUCAUGUUAAGCUCAACAUCGGUUCGUUGUGUUUAUAGAAUAAAAGUUUACUAUAUGAUGGUGGGGAAAGGAAAGCAUAAUAAAAAUGUUUUGGUAAAUAGUAAAUGCUUAUGUUUAUAUAGAGCUUAAUUAAUUUGUUGUCUCCUUAAUUUCUCAUCUUAAAAAGUAGUAGCCUAGCUAAGAGGUGAAAGACAAGGUCCACUGCUCUUCAACGGUCGUAAUUAAGUGGAUGAGCUCUCGCUAGGGAUGAGUUGAGUUGAGAGUUGAGAGAGGAGAUAGAGGAAUGUGGAAGAAGUUAAAGACGGGACUAAUAAUAUUCCUAUAUAUAUGUACUAGGAAAGAGAAGGCCGCAAAAUGCUCCCUACCAAAGACCCCUGUUUCAUGAGCUUGUGGAGUGUUGAUGCAUGCAUUGCAGCCAUGGAGAUAGGAAAUUUGUGCAUGCAAUGCAAUGCAAUGCACGUACCCCUUUGAUUUGAUUUGAUUUGAUUGAAUUAAUUUGAGUCCGAUCUGAUCCGUGCAUGCAUGUAUAUUCAAUAUAUAAUUCAUCUGCCGGAUUAAUUGCAAUGAAUUGAAUUGAAGAUCGAUCAAGAUCAAUAGUAAUCGAUGGGAGGAAUGGAUUGCUCAAUGACAAGCAGCAUAUUGUCGGCGAAUUACAACACCAUCCUGUUCGAGUUCGGCGUGAUCCUGGUGACCAGCAAGAUCCUGUACGCUCUCCUCCGAAAGCUGUACCAACCGCGCAUCUUCUCCGACCUGCUGCUCGGCAUCGUCCUCGCCCAGUUCCGCGUGCUCUCGCUCACCAACGCCAUCAACCUCGUCUUCGGCAAGAUCGGCGGCUUCGUCUUCGCGCCCUACCUCUUCGCCCUCGGCGUCGAGAUGGACCCCUCCGCGCUCCUCGACGCCCCCACCGCCGACGCCGCCGUCGCCUACGCCGGCAUCUUCUCCACCGCCGUCCUCGUCACGCUCUUCCACGCCCCCAUCAUGCGCCCCACCUCCGGCAUCGUCCACGAGAACUCCCUCCGCGCCUUCCUCGCCCUCGCCGCCGCCCUCGCCAACACCGCCUCCCCGGUCCUCACCCGCCUCGCCACCGACCUCAAGAUCGCCAAGACCGCCGUCGGCCGCCUCGCCGUCGGCGCAGGCAUCGCCUCCGACAUGCUCACCACCAUGCUCAUCGCCAUCGGCAGCAUGAUCUGGCGCGACACCGGCACCGAGGGGGCCGCCUCGCCCCUGGCGCAGCCGGCGCUCACCGCCGCGGUCCUGGCCGUGGUCCUCAUGUCGGGCCUGGUGUCGAGGGCCAUGGCGGAGUGGGUGGACGGGCGCAACCCAGAGGGGCGCCGCAUGCGGGGCUUCGACCUGUCGCUGGUGGCGCUGGUGGCGGCGACGCUGUGCUGGUUCACCUCCGCGCUGCGGCUGGACGUGAACAUGGCGGCCUUCCUGGUGGGGCUGGCGUUCCCCAGCGAAGGGAGGGUGUCGCGGCUGCUGGUGAGCAAGAUCAACCUGGUGCUCAGCUCCUUCGUCCUCCCGCUCUACGUCGCCCACGUCUGCCUCUCGCUCCGCCAGACCACCGACGACAUCGAGGCGGCGGGGCUCCGCAAGGACCAGGGCUUCCGCGUCUACGUGAUGGAGCUCCCCUUCCCCUGGUGGAAGGUGCUGUUCGUCACCGCCAUGGGCACGCUGGGCAAGCUGGUGGGGUGCGCCGCCGCCGGCCUGCUCCGGGGGCUGGGCUGGCUGGAGGCGCUCGCCCUGGGUCUGCUCCUCAACGUGAAGGGGUACUUCCACGUGUACUGCGCGCUGGCGGCGUUCGAGGCCGGCAUCAUCACGGACAAGUCGUUCAUGGCCAUCAUCUUCAUGGUGGCGGUGAACGUGGCGACGACGCCGAUGGUGGGGAUGGCGAUCGCGUCGUGGGCGCGGCGGAGCGUGCAGUGGCGGCUGAUGGGGCUGCAGCACCACGACCCGGCGACGGAGCUCCGCCUGGUGGUGGGGCUGCAGGGGCCCCAGGACGUGGCGACGCUGGCGUUCCUGAUGGAGGCGCUGCGGUGGGGCGGCGGGAACGGGGAGCUGGCGGUGUACGCGGUGGACAUGGUGCAGCUGACGGACCAGACGGCGGCGGCCAUCGUCAAGGGCGGCGGGUUCGACGGCGUGACGGUGGUGGACGAGGAGGUGUCGGAGAUGCGGAAGCAGAUCGGGGAGGCGCUGGACGCGUACCAGGGGGAUGAUGGCGCGGUGAGGGUGCGGAGGGUGCUUGCGCUGUCGUCGUUCACGGACAUGCACAGCGACAUCUGCAUCUGCGCGGAGGAGGCCAUGGCGGCGCUGGUGCUGUUGCCCUUCCACAAGAGGCAGCGGCGUGAGGAUGAUGGGGGGGCCAUGGACAUGGAGCCCCCCCGCCCCUUGGGCUUCCGCCUCGUCAACCAGAAGGUGCUGCAGCUGGCGCCGUGCUCCGUCGGCAUCCUGGUGGACCGCCACCGCCACGUCGAUGCCGCCGCGUCGCAGUCGCAGUCGCAGGGCGUCGUGGUGGUCUUCAUCGGGGGCGCCGACGACCGGGAGGCGCUCACGCUCGCCUCCUUCAUGUCCAAGCACGCCAGCGUCCGGCUCACGGCGCUGCGGGUGGUGCAGAACGCCACGGCGCAGGCGAGGGCGCGGGCGCGGACCAGCCUGUUCGAGUCGUCCAAGAGUAGCCGCCGUGCGGGGGCGUCGUCCUCCUCCUCGGCGUCGUCAGUGCUGGGGCAGGAGGAGGUGCAGGCGCAGGUGGACGACAAGUUCUUCGCGGAGUUCUACCGGAAGCACGUGGCCGGCAGCAAGGCCAUCGGGUACAUGGAGAAGCACGUCGGCGACGGGGCGGAGCUGGUGGCGGUGCUGCGGGCGCUGCAGGCGGAGUACCGUCUGUUCGUCGUCGGCCGGGGCCGCGACCGCCGGUCUGUGCUGACGGAGGGUUUGGAGGAGUGGGCGGAGUGCCUUGAGCUGGGCCCCGUCGGCGACAUCCUCGCCUCCUCCGAUUUCUCCUCCACCGCCUCCGUCCUCAUCGUCCAGCAGUACGACGCCAAGAAGCACUACAAGGUCAUCGACGAGGAGUUCAUGCCUUUGUAAUUCUUUCCCAUAUACUCCUUCUAUUUUCAUUACCCCUACCUCCCUCUUCCUCUUCAUUAGCUUAUUACUAAUUGCAACCCAUAUACUUACCUAACUUACAUUUAUAUAUGCCUGUUUUUGGAGGAGUAAAUGUAAUUAGAAGAUUAAAUACUUCCAGUUAAGCAAACCUAGCUCGAUCCCUUGUAUACAUACAAAAGAGUCGUACAUAUGUCAUACCUAGAGAAGGUGGCAAAGUUCAUCAUUUUCAAGUUUGAA